CUCUCUUUGAUGUUUAGUACUUAUUUAUCAGGAAAAAAAAAAGAAAAAAAGAAGGAAAUGUGCUCCACGGUACCCACUGACACGACUCAAACAAGAGACAAGCCAGUCAGUCAAACCACGCCACCAUAAACUGCCACUGAGAUUAAGAGAGAGAGAGAGAGAGGCCAACCAUGUCGACCACCAGCAUUGGAGGAGCUUCACUUGGGAGCCAAAGACUGUUGGGGAAAGUGGCAUUGGUUACAGGUGGGGCCACUGGUAUCGGAGAGAGCAUUGUACGCCUGUUCCACCAACAUGGUGCAAAAGUAUGUUUAGUUGAUGUGCAAGACAACCUUGGGCAACAUGUCUGUGAGACCCUUGGUGGUGAACCAAACACUAGUUAUUUCCAUUGUGAUGUCACAAAAGAGGAUGAAGUUCAUCGUGCAAUCGAUUUCACUGUUGAUAAAUAUGGCACACUUGAUAUCAUGGUCAACAAUGCAGGGAUGUCAGGUUCACCCUGCAAUGACAUACGGAAUGCAGACUUAUCCGAGUACGAGAAGGUCUUUGAUUUAAACGUGAAGGCAGUCUUUAUGGGAACAAAACAUGCGGCUCGAAUAAUGAUCCCAGCAAAGAAGGGAUCUAUAAUUUCUCUUUGCAGUGUCACAAGUGCCAUUGGAGGCCUCGGUCCACAUCCAUACACAGCUUCCAAGCAUGCUGUACUGGGGCUUACCAAGAGUAUUGCAGCUGAGUUAGGACUUCAUGGGAUUCGUGUAAACUGUGUUUCACCAUAUGCAGUUGCGACAGGCUUGGCUUUGGCUCACUUGCCUGAGGAUGAGAGAACUGAAGAUGCCUUUGCAGGUUUUCGUAACUUCAUCGGGAGAAAUGCCAAUUUGCAGGGUGUGGAAUUGACGGCUGAUGAUGUAGCGAAUGCCGUACUCUUCUUAGCAAGUGAUGAAUCAAGGUAUAUAAGUGGUGAAAAUCUCAUGGUUGAUGGGGGCUUUACUUCUGUGAACCAUUCCUUGCGAGUCUUUCGGUGAUGGAUGAUUGUUAACACGGAAUAUUUGGUUGAACAAGGCAGCUGGCUAUGAGCAGCAAACUUGGAAUCUUUCCAGUUGUGGAAUCCAAUCUAAUUGGAAACAAAAUCUAAAUACAGGCCGAACCUUGCUGCUCUAUAAAUUUCCUCUGUUUUCGUUUCUAAUUGUAAAAUAUCGAUUCGACCUCUUCUUAGUGAUUCUGAAACUGAAUUCAGAUUAAAUAAUGGAAAACGUGGAUCUUCAUGGUUAA